AUGACUUCCUUCACCUAUUCCGGAGAGGAAGACGGUCGUCAGAUAGUACCAAUUGAAACAGAAUGCCUUACGAUCGCUGAAACAAUCCAAGUUCUUCCCAUUCGUUUCUGCAAUAGACAUCAUGACCAUUUGCAAGAAGUUGUCUUUUCAUCAGGAAUAAGUCUUCGCUGCAUUCCCGAUUAUGCUUUCUAUCAUUGCAGGGUGCUACGAGAUAUUGUGCUUCCUCCUACAGUGACAGCUAUAGGAGACUUUGCUUUUGGUGUGUGUAAGGCACUGGCCGAGUUUAAAUUCCCCGAAGGAUUGAAGACAAUCGGCAGGUACUCGUUUGCUAACUGCGGGAUGACCCACCUGCGAAUGCCUGCAUUACUGGAGGUGAUAACAGAGCGCGCCUUUGCUGGAUGCGACUCAUUGCGUGAUGCUGAACUGCCCGAUGGCUUGAAGGUUAUUGGGGUGGCUUCCUUUUGUGCUUGCGCUGAACUAGCGGAAUUAAGGCUUCCAUCAACCGUCGAAAUCAUUGAGGGCAACGCAUUUGCAGGCUGCUCCAGUCUGGAAACUGCUGACUUUCCAAAGGGACUCAAGCAGAUUGGAAGGCUUGCAUAUUUCGAUGCUCGCAGUUUGGAAUCAGUGGCUAUACCUUCUAGCGUGAAGGAAAUCGAGGAAGGUGCCUUCAGUGAGUGUUCCAGCUUGAAAGAAGUUGUUCUGGUGAAUGGAUACUUGCGCGUUAUCGAAGCUGCCGCUUUUGCCUCAUGUUCAAGCCUACAGUCCAUCAGGAUUCCCCUCUCUGUUGAUGACAUCGGAUAUGACGCCUUUGCCAAUUGUACCAGUCUGGUUUCCGUUGAAUUUCCUGAAGUCUUUAGUGAAGACUUCACCCCUGAGUUUCGUGGAGGACGUGUCUUCAGCGAUUGCACGUUGCUAACAAACAUUGCAGUGCCACCAUCAAUCGAGCUGGAGGAGUCGACAUUCGGCGGUUGUACAUUGUUGGAAGAAGCCUUCGGCGAGACAAGUGUUAUUCAGGGCGUAAGGUCUCGCUUUUCCGAAUAUGAAGCUCAUAAAGCAUGUUACAAUGGGUCCGAGUUUUCGCUGAUCGUCGCAAUCAAGAUAUUACGAGAAUGUUCUGGUCCUCCUCGCCACUAUGACUACAAGCUCUUUGAUCCAUUUGGAAUGACCCCAUUCCAUAUUCUCUUAUCGGCUGCAAAGAAGAAACCGGAUCUCUUGGACCUCUUGCUGAAGGAGUAUCCAUCACUUGUACUUGGAUGUACGAAUCUUCAGGGUAUUUUUCCCGUCGAGUACUUGCUUAGCAGCUGGACACGAGAAUCGCGAUCAUUCGCGCAGACAGCGCUCGAGAAGUGGAUGGUCCAUGACAUGGCAAGUUGGGGCUUGGAGGAAUGGCGAUCGAGCAUGUCCCGAAUGGUAGAUUCCGUCCUGAACGAUGAUCUCGACGCGGAAAACAGACGCAAUGCUCUGCGGGAAGCACAUUUGUCAAUGAUGAAAUACGAGCUCAAAGAGGCCACAUCAUUACUCGAGAUGUGGCUGUGGAAAAUGGAGAUGCACUCGGUUCGGAAUGGCGCCAAGCGAAUGGCUUUAGAUCGACCCACUAGUCGUAGUCGAUGUGGCGCUACAUUUAUCAUUCCGAUGAUUGUGGAUUACUUGUGGGCUGAAGGUUGCUGGUACUGGGGAAAUAAGAGGGGACUUUCAGCAUAA